CCCACUGCGCAAGUGCGGAAGCGCGCGUGUUUCCGGAAUGGGUCUGGGAGAACGCGGCUUGGCGCUCAGUUUGGGUCGCACCCCGCAGCGCUGCUGAGUUUACCGGUUUUUGCUCGUGGCCGUGCAGGCACAGCUACUCAGAAAGGAUGGGAGAGGAGACCAAUGAUGACAAGAAGCCGACGACGAAAUUCGAACUCGAGCGAGAAACAGAGCUCCGCUUUGAGGUGGAAGCCUCUCAGUCGGUUCAGCUGGAGCUGUUGACUGGCAUGGCAGAGAUCUUUGGCACGGAGCUGACCCGAAACAAGAAAUUCACCUUCGACACUGGGGCCAAGGUGGCCGUCUUCACUUGGCAUGGGUGUUCUCUGCAGCUGAGCGGCCGCACGGAGGUGGCCUAUGUCUCCAAGGAUACCCCCAUGUUGCUUUACCUCAACACUCACACAGCCCUGGAGCAGAUGCGGAGGCAGGCGGAGAAGGAAGAAGAGCGAGGUCCCCGAGUGAUGGUUGUGGGCCCCACCGACGUGGGCAAGUCCACGGUGUGCCGCCUGCUGCUCAACUACGCCGUGCGUUUGGGCCGCCGUCCCACUUACGUGGAGCUGGACGUGGGCCAGGGUUCUGUGUCCAUCCCCGGCACCAUGGGGGCGCUCUACAUUGAGCGGCCAGCGGAUGUGGAAGAGGGUUUCUCUAUCCAGGCCCCUCUGGUGUAUCAUUUUGGCUCCACCACGCCUGGCACCAACAUCAAGCUGUAUAAUAAGAUUACAUCUCGAUUAGCAGAUGUGUUCAACCAGAGGUGUGAGGUCAACCGAAGAGCAUCUGUGAGUGGCUGCGUCAUUAACACCUGUGGCUGGGUCAAGGGCUCUGGUUACCAGGCCCUGGUACAUGCAGCUUCAGCAUUUGAGGUGGAUGUAGUUGUGGUGCUGGAUCAAGAACGACUGUACAAUGAACUGAAACGCGACCUGCCCCACUUUGUACGCACAGUACUGCUCCCUAAAUCAGGGGGCGUGGUGGAGCGCUCCAAAGAUUUCAGGCGGGAAUGCAGGGACGAGCGUAUCCGUGAGUACUUCUAUGGAUUCCGAGGCUGCUUCUAUCCCCACGCCUUCAACGUGAAGUUUUCAGAUGUGAAAAUCUACAAAGUAGGGGCACCCACCAUCCCAGAUUCCUGUCUGCCUUUGGGCAUGUCCCAGGAGGACAAUCAGCUCAAGCUAGUGCCCGUCACGCCUGGCCGAGAUAUGGUGCACCACCUUCUGAGUGUGAGCACUGCGGAGGGCACAGAGGAGAACCUUUCCGAGACCAGCGUGGCCGGGUUCAUUGUGGUGACCAGUGUGGACCUGGAGCAUCAGGUGUUUACUGUCCUUUCUCCUGCCCCCCGCCCACUGCCCAAGAACUUCCUCCUCAUCAUGGAUAUCCGGUUCAUGGAUCUUAAGUAGAGAGAAGGAAGCCUGCUGCCUGGCUGUCACCCCAGGCAGGUGGGCUGAGAUAGGACAAGCUCAGCAGACCAGCUCACCAGUAAACUGGACUAGUGGGAAACAUCUACCUACCUUUUAAAGCAGGUGGCAGUAACUGGACUCUUCUAGUUUUAAACCAAGAGGAACACCAUAAUUGGUUUCUUAACACCUAAGAUGCCACUUUGAAUUCUCUGAGACCCUGGAGAGUUCCAUUUCUUUGUGCUACUAUGUGGCUUUUUUUGUUUGUUUUUUUACCUCUGCCUUAUAUUCCAUUUAUAACUUGCUGUCUCAUUUAGAUGACAGUGCGAAUUACAGGAACUCCUUCCAAUAAAGUUCAAACUUGGAAAAAAUUGU